UCGGGGUGUUCUGAGAGAGAGCGCGAGGAGAUGGUGGCCCAGAUGGUGUACAAGGACAGCAAGAUCCUCGAACUGAACCAGAAGAUGUUGGAACAGGAUCAGAUGGUUAUGGACGUCCAGGAGACGGUUCGAGAGAAAGACGAGGUCAUUCGGGGACGGGACAAGGCCAUCCAGCUUAUCCAAGAAAACGUUGCCAUAAAAGACAAAGACAUUCAAGAACUGAACAACUUGGUUUCCAAGCUGACCAGGAAAGUGGAGACCUAUGAAGAGCAGGUAGGCUUUCUCAAGGAACAGGUCCAGGGAACUGAUGUCGAAAGUUUUGAUGCCAAACUCAGAGAAACCCAGAAGUAUUUUGAGGAUCACUUGGAGGAGAAAGACAAGGAAAUUGCCGCCUUAAAAGAAAAGUUUGAACUUCAACUUCGAGAAUCACAGAAGCAUUUCGAGGACACUUUGAAGGAGAGGGAGGAAGAAAUUUCUCAGCUCCGAGAGAGUGUUAAUGACAAAGAGACGGAGGUUUCUGCUCGUGACGAAGACAUCAGAGCCUUGAUUUCUAGACAUGAGGAAGAAAGUAUAAAACUGACCACCAAGGGAGAGGUGGACGUUCAGGACCAGGUCCUUAAAAUGAUGGAGCAGCAGCUGCAUGACACUAAUGAAAUGUUAACAGCCAAGUCUAAAGCCUUAGAAGUUGCACAGAUGGAAAUGGCAGAAGUUGACAAAAAAGAGAAGGCUCACAACUCUAAAGUAAAGGCCCUCCAGGAGAAGCUGGACAUGACCACGGAGCAGAUGAGACUGAUGCAGGAAAAUUUUGUUGCCAUGGAAACAAAGUGGCAGUCUGAAAAAUCCAACAUGGAAGCAGAUCUGAGUGAAGUUAAAGAGAAACACGAGACAGAAUUAGCUGAGAAAGACAGUCAGUUAGAAAAGCUUCGGAGUGAGUUAGAAAGGACUAAAAAUGACGCCAGCUCAGGACAGACAGAGAAGGAGGGACUGGUGGAAACUUUGAAAAGUCAGUUGGCAGAGAAGGAAUCUGAGCUACAAGAACUGGGAAAUCAACUGGCAAUGGUUCAGGAAGAAGUGGAAGAACUGAAACAGCGUAACGACUUGGCGGAGGACCUGGAGAGGCUCCAGCAGCAGAUUGCUGAAGUAGAAGAGGAGAAAGGUAACCUACAGCUGCGGCUGGUUGACUACGAAGAAAGCAAAGCUAGUCAAGAAGAACUUCAGAAAAAGACUGUAGAGUUGGAGCAAGAGCUGUCGUCUGUCACAGCUGGCAAGCAAGAAGUGGAGAAUCAGCUUAUCUUGGUGGAUGAGGAGAGAGCAAGCCUACAGCAGACGGUAGCUGAUCUGACAGAGAAACUAGAGCAGGAUCAAAAGACCUUUGAUGAAGCUAGAGAAGAACUGGUGAAAAAGCUACAAACAGAACUGUCAGAUACCAAGGCAUCCCUGGUGCUGAUGGAGGAAGAGAGCACGCAGGAUAAACAGAGGAUAUCCAGUCUGGAGACCAAGGUGGAUGAGUUUGAAGCCAUGAAGGAACAUACACAGGCUGAUAUGCUUGCCAUGACUGAAAAGCUGACUGAUUUGACACAAAGGUUGCAUGAUGCUGAACAGGUCCAGAAAACUCUGCAAGAUGAGAAAGUUGCCUCUGAGUUAAAGAUGACAGAACUUGAAGAACAGAGAGAGAGUCUGGAGGCAGACAAGCAGAGUUUAGAGGCGGCUGUGGUUCAGCUUAAAGAACAGAUAGAGCUGGAGAAACAACCAGUGAUUGCUUACGAGAAGGAAAAUGAAGCCCUGCAGUCAAAGCUUGAAGACCUACAGUCUCAGUUUGAUAUGGAAGUCUCCAACAACAAGGAGCUGAAGGAUGAAAUCAACCGCAUUCUGCAGCAGCUAAAUGAGACCGAGAAUGCCAAGGCUCAGCUGGAGGCGGAAUCUGCCAGCAAAGAACGGGAACUUGAAAGUUUCAAG